UUCCUAUUUUAAUCCUCCAUUAUUAUUAUUAAUCCUAAUUACCGUUUUCGUUUAUUACCUUCUUUAUAACGAAAAAAAAAGAAAAAAGCGCGAGCGAUUAGCGAGUCUCGAAGCUGCCGAGCAUCGCCCCUGCUCCUCCUGGAUGGCUUUUCCUCUUCCCCUGUGAUCCCCGGACGGCGCCCUCUCUCUCGUUCGCUCGCUCGCUGGCUCGAGUGAUCGGAGGAGAGCUUAUCAACUGCUAAGUGGGGUUCUCAGCACAACGUAGUUUCAGAAGGAGCUUAAGCUCAUUAAAUGACUUCGUGGAUGUCGCAUGGCUCCUUUGGAACGAUUACUUAAGUCUUUCUGCUGUUUCUCAGUUCAUAAUUUCAGUUAAUUUUGCAUCAAUGGUGUUUGUGAUUGUUAAGUAUUGAAUGCAUUAUCAUGUUGGUAAGCAUGCUUUAUCAUGGCCAAACAAUCAAUGCCUUGCCUAGUGCAUUAAUUCUUUUACUGAUGUUAAGUGUAUUGUUAUGUUGUUGCUUUCUAUUUCAUGUUUUGUUCUCUUCAUUUUUCACCACUUAGUAUGCUCACUGCCUGUUGCAUGUACCCUUUUAUUGGCUGUCUUACUUCUUUUGCACAUGUGAACCCACUCAACACGUUAGCUAUCAUGAGUUAUUCUGAGCCUGCCCUUAUAAUUCCCUUAAAAUUCAAAGUAGUUUCUCCUCGGGCACUUCCAAUAUUUUAUCAUGAGGUUUUUAAUCAUUAGUAGGUCAUAUUGUUGAUUCCUAUUUGUUGUUACUAUUGUGAGGUUUUUGUCUUUCGUAGCACUGAUUCGGAUUCACAAAUUUAUGCUUUGAGACUAAUGAAUAGGCUUACCUCUUAAAUACUGAGUAAUUAGGUGCACAAGUUUCUAAUCAUCUUUCGUUUUCCGUGGAUUUGGUUGCACUACAAAUCAUUGCAUGAUGAAAUUUUGUGGUUCAACAUAUUUUGGUAUUUUUUUUAGAAAUUGCAUAUUUCUGGAAUUCAAGUUAUGUUUUUAUUAAUCAGGUGUCUGGAUGUGUAGCGAAACUUCAGUAAACUGCCCUAAAAUCAUGAAACAGUAAAAUUCUACUUUGUGUAGACUUCAAAUUUCAUGUUCUUAUCUCCUUAUGAUCUCAUGUAUUUCUAUUUUUUGAGUCUUUUCUUUUCAACAAGAAAACAUAUCCCAGUAUAUCUCAACUCUCAAAAUUAAAACUUCUAAAUUUAGGAGAAACAAUAUUGCCAUUUUGAAAUUAAAAACUUCCAAAGGCAGACUUAUCAUUAUGCAUUGUAAAGUUUAUUGAAGAAACCAUUAGCAUGUCAGUGUUCUCUAUGCAUGUGGUAGUAUCAGUUUGACUACAAUUGUCUGCUCCUGCAUAACUUUACAAGGACGAAACAUCUUGAGGGAAUAUUACAUUUUAAUAUUGGGAAGUCUAUCUUAGGAUUUACAAGAAGUCCAUAAAACUAUUGAGCUGAAUGUAUAUUCACAAACAAAUCUUUUAACAACUUCUAGGAGAAACCAGAAGAGGCCAUGUUUUCCUCUGUUUAUUAUUUGUGACUUGUAGAUGCUAGUAUAAAUAAUCCUUUGAAGUUUGCGAUGCGAACAUAAUAACAAUCAUGAAACCUUCUGCCAGCAAUCUGGGUCAGCUUUAUGAAUCCUCAUUUGCCAAUCAUCCCCUUCAAGAAAAGAUGACUCUGAUGUUCUUAUAGGAUUUUUUUUCCCAAUUCCUUUAAAACUUCCUUUCCUGUUACCUUAGGUCUUCCCCUCCUCUUUUUAAAUUUUAAGGAAUUAAAGGGGUGGAGCACAUCCAAAAUUGUGAUUCCUUUAACUGGCAAAUUCUUCAACAUAUCAAAAAUUAAGGAAAGCUCUGUCUUGUCACAAAAUGUUGUACGUUGAUUUUCUGUGUACUUGGUUGAUAACUUGUACUUUGCAUCUGGCUUCUUUAUUUUAUGUUUUAUUUAUCAAAGGGAGAAAACAGUGGUUGCUGGUCAUCACACUCAAAGUUGAGGAACAUUACAGGGCAGUCUUGUUAGAAAUCGUGGUAGCAUUCAAGUGCUUCAGUCACAUGCUGAAGUCUUAUUCGGGGAUCCUAACUUCUUCGCUCUGAUAUAAUGAAUUUGUUGUACCUAGAGAAGAGCCUAAAAAUGUAAACUUUCAUAUUUUCAAGGACAAUAGAUGAUUAGUUUGUGAUACCUAUCAGAACUGUUUAAUAAUUGGAACAAACACUUACAUGCUACCUAACUCAAGCUGUAUUCCAUCUGAGAUCCCAUUUCGCUUUCAUAAAUUAUAAAACAGCUGAACAAUUGAACACCGAUCUCUUAUCAGCUAUAUAAGUUAAUGAAUUUGUUGUAUCUAGAGAACAACAAUUAUGCCACUCAUAUAUCACCUCAUUCUAGCUCAAAUCCCAACUCAGUUGAAUAAAUGCUGUAGGUACUAAUUUUGCUAUCCUAAAGAUGUUGUUAGGAAUACUCAGUUAAAUUCCGGCUUUAAAAUUCUAUUAAAUACUGAAUCUUUUGUCUUCCCAAUUCCCAAGAUAUCAUCAAUCAUCUUUAACUGAAUAAAAAAGAUAUUGUGCAUCUGAGCAUAGAGUCCCAAUGACUCAAUAUAGAGGAUAAGAACCGUAAUAAAAAAAAGUCCAAGCGUUCAAGGAGUGUAUGAGUGGUAUGUUGCUGGUCUUGAUACCUAGAAUUUUGUAUCUAAGGCAUCGAACGAGAGGAGCUAAUCCAUGGGGAUGCUUUAUGCUUUUUGAGUAUGCUUAUAAGGGCUUCUUAAGAAGGUUAGGAGUGCCUAUUUAAAUGCUUUCUAUUUAUAUCAUAUGCUUCUACAACUACAAGUCUAAAAUUUAUAAAAAAAUAGUUUGGUCCAAAGUUUUGCAUUUUUUCCUUUUGCAGUGAUGAUCUGCACAACUGCACUGCGCCUUUGGCUGCUAAUCUUUAUAAUAGUGAGGAAAAAGUGAUUGCUGGAUAAACAUUAUUACUAUAAGGAUUCUUGUUUGCAGUAUUGAGUAUUCAGAAGCUUUCACUUAUGGAAGAUGGAUACUUGAAAUUAGGUUUUAUAGGGCUACGUAUUCGGGUUCUACUGAGUUAAGGCGCAAGGAAUGCCCUUGUCCAUCCCGCUGUUUUGGCAUUUCUAUCUCUGAGACCAUUUGUGCAGUUCUUUCUUGUUUGAUUUUUGUAAUAAAAUUGAGGCUGACAGGCUAAUACAUGGUAUAUUAUUUGUUUACAUAUCAAAGACCAUCUGCCAGCAUAAUACGCAUGCUUCAUGAUUUCAUAUGUGUUCACCAAAACAUACUCAAAAGUGAAAAAGAUCAUGAUACAGUUACAUGCAUUGGAAUACUAAGAUUAAUAAAAAAUACUCAAAAAUUUUAAACACCAUAUUACAAAUUUAUGGAAUCUAACUUGAUUCUCUUGUGAUUCAGCAGUUCAGUACUAUGGGGCAAGAUGUAGCUUUGAAAUGCGAAAACCAUUUGCAAACGGAAUCAAGGCCCAAAAUUGUCCAUCCUUCUCAUUGCAGUACAAAAGUAGAAGAAAGAGAUACAAAAGGACAACCCACUAGCAGAUAUCGCCACUUGAAGAGUUUGGAUGGUGACUUCAAAGAAUCGGGUCUCAGCUAUUCUCCGAGCCUCCAUUGCAAAAGCAUGCCUUCUGGGCCUAUUGGAGUAGAUGUUAAUGAUAAUGAAGUGGUAAAGAGGGGUUCUAUAUAUCAGAGCUCAAAAGAAGUGAGGAGAAUUAGGAAGCUAAGAGAGGGAAGAAGAAAAGUAGAGUUGGCCAGUUAUGAUGAUGGUGCUUUCCUCUCCUUUGAGAUUGUUGCUUCCUUGCCUGAGCCUAGGCCAAAUGGAGUAGAUACGUCUCUGCAGCAAAACCUAUCAUCUCUUGUUCUUUUAAAUGCCGAGCCAGCAUCCCAAUCUGGUGACACAAGUCAGUCAGUUACAAAAAGAUCCAUGGAGUUCCUAGAUCUUUCAUUCCGUGAUCUUCCUGAAGAGCCCUUGAAUCCCCACACUUUAUGCUCAGCUUUUGCUGCAGAAAAAAAUAGUUCCGGAGAUAAUCAUUUGGAGAUCUGUCUGCACUCUGAGGAUGCUGAUUAUCUUUAUACUGAUGCAGCUCCUGAGCUGGUACAAACAAGUUCAUUUAGAGAACUAAGUUCUAACUGCAAUCAGAUGCUUGGUCCUGAAAAUAAUGAAAAUAUCAUUACUGAUAAAGAGAGAAUUAAAUCUCUCUCGAAGUCCUUAUCAGCGAAAGCUGAAAAUUUUAGCUCAUCUUGCCAGUCUCUUAAUGCCAGCCCCAAAAAUCGGUUUAGCCCAUUCAAGCGGAUGCUGGAUCCCAUCAUGAAAUCCAAGUCUAUGCGGAACCCACCAGUCAUGGAAACAGAAACUCCUGAAGGCAAAGCUACCCAUCCUGCAAGCAUCAGGGGGAAUGGAUUAACUCUGAAAUCUUUGUUGAACGAUUUCUCAAAGGUGAAUCAGAAAAUAGUGUAUGAUGGGCAGUUGAUUGGUAACGACCAGAUCUUGACCAGUGCUUCUUCACCUGCUCACCUACAUGGCAUUCUUAAAUUGGAGUCUAAGAAUGGUACCCCAUCGUUUGAGUUCUCUAUAAAAGAUCCAGCAGAUGUUCUUUCUGCAAAGACAUGGAGAACAGAUAAUGCAUUUAAUUGGGUCUAUACCUUCCAUAGUUGUAAAAAAAAGAUCAACAAUACUGGCAGGGGUACUAAAGAUAGGCAUGUACAGUCAUCACAAGUGGUUGGACAGAUGCAGGUUUCUUGUUAUCUGUGCUCGGAAGUGAGAGAAAAUGGAUCCUUGGAUAACUCUACUGUGACAGAGUUCAGUUUAUACCACAUUGCCCAGGCAAGGAGCUUUGUUGCUGAAGAAAGAUCUAAAUGCUCUUCAGGUUCCAUUCAACCUCCCACGGAUUUUGUUUCUAAAAACUCAAUGAUAGAUGGUCCUCUGGAGAGAAGUAAUUCAAUGGAGCACCAACUUCAUGUUAGACAUGCUGUCAGUAGUUGUGACUCGCAUGCUUCGACUUCUUACCCUUGGUCACCAGCAGAUUUGCAUCCACACCUGGAAAUUGCUGCUAUUGUAAUUCAAAUUCCUUUUAACAAGAAGAAAAAAGAUAUGAUAGCAGAAGUGGUCGGUUCCAGAGAAAAUUCUAACUUAUCAAAUGUUAUUAGAGUCGAUCAAGGUAGGGAGACAAUGAGAGGUGGGCUAGAUCCUGGAAUUUUGAAGGUGGUUAUCCCAAGUGGGACCCAUGGGUUGCCAAGUACUGAUGAAGCUGGUCCCUCAUCACUACUAGAUAGAUGGAGAUUUGGUGGAGGCUGUGAUUGUGGUGGCUGGGAUAUGGGCUGCCCUAUUAUUGUUUUGGGUAAUGCCGGUGCUGACGGUUGGGCAGAUUACAUAACCAUGGAAAAUCAAAAGCCUAUGGCUUUAUUUGUCCAGGGAACCAAAGAAAAGUUACCUGCAGUAUCCAUGAUGGCUGAUGGGAAAGGACAGUAUUCAGUUGAUUUUCAUGCACAGUUAUCUGCAUUACAGGCAUUCUCAAUAUGCAUUGCUUUAUUACACAGUUCAGAAGUGUCUUUAGCUGUUGGGCAUGAGAAGAACAGCCAGAGGCUAUAUUCUAAUUCGCUGAAGUUACUCCUUGAGGAAGAAGUGAGGCACUUAGUCGAAGCAGUUGCAGUAGAAGAGAAAAGAAAAGCAAAGAAGAAAGUAGAACAAAUCCCUCCCUCUUUCUUCCUCGAUCCGCCUUUUUCUCCAAUGGGCCGAGUCUAGUUUGAACGUGUUGUAUAGUGGUUGAACUACAUGCCUCGAAAGUCCAAUUAAGGACUGCAUUGCUCAUUGCAGUUUCGGCUUGCUAGAAUGUGCCACCAGCUCUGGCAGGGGAAUCCUUGGAUUGGUCACUGGGUACGGUUGGACUU